UUUGCUUGCGAUAUAUAUGAUGCACUCAACGCAAAAUCGCAUCGUCAAGUCUGUGACACUCACUCGUUGUGCUCACGAACUCGUACCAUCCUGCACAUAAAUCUCGGGCUGUUUCGUUUUCACACCGCCAGUAUGCCUCAAACACAACCGGUAGGACCGAGGGCGCCCAAAGAUGACUUUAUGCGAGCAUUGGGUCUGAGUACGACCGAUCCGCGCCACGAAGGCUAUUAUCGAGCGAUGAGAGAGGAGGCGAUUGCGGUGUACGCGAGGCUGAAUUCUGAUCGAUCCAGUCUGGUAGACGAAAAGCGCAACGACAAGUCGACAGCACCCCCGUUCUUCUGGCACCACAUCCGUCAAGAUCGUCGCCGGCAAGCCAUCAUCGACACAUGGCAGCAAGCCAAACCUGGAACUAUUCAACGUACUCUUUUUGACCAGGGCGCCACGACUGGCGAACAUGCUCCAAAUUGGGUGACUCUGUGGCUGCUGUACAGCGUCUUCCGGUCAAGAGACAUUCGCAACAACCGCAACCGUCGGGCAGGAGAGGGUAGUUGUGCUGGAAGUCAAUCCUCCGGCGGCUCAGAUUCAGCAAUAUUUGACCCUGCUCGAGACAAAUAUGUGCGCCGUUGAAGGUGGGCGUUUUGGUCAGAAUUGCUUGUGUAAUAUCUGUAAGA